GUUAAGAUUUGAACAUGAAGACUUGACUUUAUUGAGCACAACAUGUAUUUUGAAUCAAUUUCUUUACGUUGAUAAGUAUAUCAUGUAUUAUCAUUGUAUUUAUAUUAUUAUUAUUGUUAUUAUUUAUUUGUAGGCUAUACAGGACAGUAAUCACUGAUUAAGAGAAAACAAUUAAGUAGGUCUUUAACAAAAAUACAAAAAACAAUAAUAAUGCAUAGCUACAACAACAUUCUUACAUAACCAUUAAUGUAAAUAAACAAGGCUGCAGCCAUCUCUUUAGAAUAUUUUACAAUGCAUCAUUCAGUUCCAUGACAGCAUAUAAUCAUGGCAAUUUUCAUUGUCCAGUCAAUUUUGGCUAUUGUUGUCUGUCGUCUGUAUUACAUGUUCAUCCAGUUGUGAUGUAUUUUGUCACAUCAUUUGUUUUAGCCAUAAGCGACAUUUGAAAGUAAAGCCACUAAUUACCAUCCACCCCGUUCAUAUUUUAUGUACACGUUUUCAAUGCAUCAUAUUCGUUUCAUUGCACUAUUCAUAUUUACAAAUUGAAUUUUGUAAAUAUAAUCAAGAGCAGUUCUUUAUUUAAAAUGUUUAUUAUAAUGUUUAUGAGGCACACUAUGAAAUCCGCCAUGUCACCAUUAAUCUGCUUUUCAAACAAAUUAGUUGAGACUGGUGCAGAAUUCCAUAGUGGGUCGGCAUUGACCUUGGUUGGAGCAGAGGCUGCUGACAACAGUACAACUGAGGAGAGAAUGGGCUUCAUGAGCUUGGCAGCUUCCUGUUCCCUGGACACUGGGAAGGAAGAAGCUAUAAAUUCAGUUGGGGUACAUGCCUGGGAGUCUGAAAGGAGUCACACUUUGUGGGCCUCAGAAGACAUGAGCUAUGGAUCAGCAAGGUUACGUGACGCCCCAGCCUCAAGGAGUCCAGAGUGGGCCCAUGCAGUAGACUCUCAAAGAGCGGUCAGUCUCGAUACAUCCGAGUGUAUAUCUGUAACAAGUGACCUGCCAGGAACAUCUUUAAUGCGCAGCAUGGCCUUGGAAGAUCUCACGGCCAUAGGAACAAGCACCUCAUGGACGGAUGGAGAAAGGAUCUCAAAUGAGCCUGUGGAUCCUGGGUCUCUUGGUGCCUGCAACAGGGUUACACAGCAGAUCAUUCCAGAAAGUCCAGAUUCCUUCAGUGCUCAUAGUCUGUUAUGUUCCAGCUUGGAUCCUGGGACAUCUCUACCAUUAGCAGGAAACAGUGCACAUCUUUCAGAUCGACAAGAACCCAGUUCACUUUUUUUGAAAGACAACAAUAUAAUUGGCAUUAGCACGGUGCUUGAGGUGCUUGAAGUGCCCUUCACUGAGAACAUGUUGAAGGACAAAUAUUUGGCAUUAGUAACAUCUGACACCAAAAGAGCUAGCCAUAUUUCCCUGGCUGAUGUGGAUGAUUGUACUAAGAUCAGUAAAAUCAUACCACACUCAGAGGCUUCUGAAUUCCAGAGAACUUCCCAAAGUUCUCCUGCAAGAAAAUCAUUGGUUCCAGUUGCUAUAUUCAAAGCACAAGCAAAGAUUGAUAAUGACAGUGCCGAAAAGAAGCCAUGCAAAACUCCUACCAAAGCUAGACCCACCUCUGCCCUUAAAAGACCUUCCCCAAUCAACAGAACCCCCAAAACACAGGCCUCCACCACAAAUGGGCCUAGCUCAUUACCCACUAAAGCCAUCAGUACGGGAACCAGGAAGUCCCGAACUCCAGGGGGUACUAGGCCUCAGGCCCCUGGAACAAAAAUUCCUGCCAAAACCCCAGCUCAGCCAGCACCAAGCGCUAAGAAGCCAGCGUCCAAAAAUGAUAAAGACACCAGUGGACACAGCAGCCCUGGUACUCCAAAGUCCCCCAACAGCCAAGCUCUUCCUGGAAAGCCGUUGGCUGUGCCAGCCAAUCAAGUGAAGAAAGUGGCUGUGGUGCGUUCGACACCUAAGUCCCCUGGCUCUCUCAAGAACCGCCCUCCCGCUCCCCUGGCGGCUGCAGCCCCCAUGCCAGACCUGAAGAACAUCAGGUCAAAGAUUGGCUCCACGGACAACAUGAAACACCAGCCUGGUGGCGGCAGAGUACAAAUACUUGAGCAGAAGAUCGACUUAAGUAAUGUCCAGUCUAAGUGCGGCUCCAAAGACAAUAUGAAACAUGUACCCGGAGGUGGCAAUGUUCAAAUACUCGAUAGGAAGGUGGACGUGAGCAACGUUCAGGCUCGUUGUGGCUCCAAAGACAACAUGAGGCACACUCCUGGAGGGGGCAGGGUACAAAUACUUGAAAAGAAGUUGGACUUAAGUAAUGUCCAGUCUCGGUGUGGCUCCAAAGAUAAUAUGAAACAUGUACCCGGAGGUGGCAAUGUUCAAAUUGUUCACAAGAAAAUCGAUUUGGGCACUGUUCAAUCUAAAUGUGGUUCUAAAGACAACAUCCGCCACAAGCCAGGUGGCGGAAAUAUUGAGAUCAAGUCUGAGAAAUUGGACUUCAAGGUCCAAUCAAAGAUCGGCUCUCUUGACAACAUUGGGCAUGUGGCUGGGGGCGGACAGAGGAGGAUUGAGAACCACAAACUGACGUUCCGUGAGACAGCCAAGGCCCGCACUGACCACGGCGCAGAGAUUGUUUCCUUGGAAGACUCACCCAACCAACUCAGCACCAUGUCCUCCUCUGGCAGUAUCAAUAUGGCGGAUUCACCACAACUGUCCACGCUGGCUGACCAGGUGUCUGCCUCUCUGGCCAAGCAAGGCCUGUGAAUGCACAGCCGAGGGUCCUGCCACACUACCACAUAUAGAAGUUCAGACACCUUCCUUGUCAUUUUCACGAGACUUUAUUUUAGCUACCCAUCACUGUUUAUCCUCACUGACAUUUAACACUGUUAUUGAGACAAUAUCAUGAGAAAAGAGGUCUUAAUUAGAGAUUCAUGUAAGCCAAGGCUACAUUAAGUGUUUUGUUUUUUGUUCUUUUUUUGUGAUCGUAGAUCGUCUCCCCCCCGUCCCCUUCCCCUGUCUUCUCUUGACCUUUCAUGAGUUUCCUUGGUCAUGGUUAACACUCAUCCAUUUCUUUCCAACUCAUUUGACUGUCAUAAGGACUGCAAAUCAUUUCGUUUGAUGAGGAUGUAUUGAGUGUGAAAAAUUAUGGACGACGGAUCCCUUGAGUGGCUUUUUGAUACAUUUACAAUAAAAGUAUUGGGGAAGCAGAGGGUUAAGACCAGUAAAGCAGCCCACUUUUGCAGUCUCAAGCAAACUCAACAUUUACAGGGUCAAAUCAAUGGUGAGAGAACGGGUGGGCUAGUGUAGCAAAGCUUCCAUUUACAGUAAAAUGUUUGUCCUCUUCACUAACUGGCUGUCCUUGCUUUGCGUGCUAACUGCAUAUCAAGGUAGAAUAGUUGGGCAUGGGGAUGACAUACCUCUCCAGACCAAAAAAAAAACGAAUAUAGGAUGAUUAGAUUAGAAACCUUGGUUUGUGUUCGGCACAUUUUUAUAAUUGUAUUCUGUGGAUAUGACAUGUAUUUGAUAUGAAAAAACAUUUGUAUUGUGCCUGCUGUCGGUGUUAAUUUAUUGAGGUUAUGUAUAUGCUAGCUCUGUUGUAAAUGCGUCUCAGCUUUGUCUAUUGAAGUGGUAAGUCAAGUUUUACUUAAGUAUUGCCAGUGGAAUUCAUUGAGCGAAAGAUUGUCUCUGGCUAGCUUGAAAAGCCUCUCAAUUAAAAAAUAUAGAAUUGGGAUCAUGGAUAGAGCUUGUGUUAAAUACAGGUCAUGUACCUAGAUAAUACAAUUCGAUUCAAAUGACUAAUAUGCUGAGAUAGGCGACUCACUAAUGUGUGACUGUCCUCCUUAACUACAACCUUAAAAUUAGCUAUGGCUUGUGUAUAUUUUGAUCACGUGAGAAAACAGUAAAAGGCAAAGAAACAUUCGCAUGUCCACCACCAGAAACACACUAUUCUCUUAGCUGUUCCGAAUUUGUGUCCUGGAUCUCACAAAACUAUAUGGUCCCCUCCUUAAAAUGUUUCAACAGUUUUAAGCUGUAUUCCUAUAGUGAUUCACCAUUACCUAAAAGUAUUCCUGUUAUUGAAUUCCAGACAUGUAAAUGAACUUGCAUGCAUUUCAUGUAGGACAGUUGACUUUCUUCUGCCUCCCUUCAACGUCACUAUGCUUUCACUGUAUAUCCUGUAAUAUAUGCUUGUGUAUUUAAUAGGAUAUAUAUGUAGGUAUUAGUGCGUGGAUACUUCAACACAAAGGACAACCCCUUCCUUUAGGUACAGCCAAAUGUGAACUGAUUAUACAAAUAUACUUUUCCUAUGUUGUGUGUUUGCUAUGUAUUGCAAAUAUAUAGCCUACUGAAUUGAUACAUUGGAACAGCGUGGCGCACAGAAGGGGUGUGCUUGCAACACAAUAAUCUGCAUGCUAAAACUAAUGAUUAAUUUGUAUCACUAGUAGACAAAAUUCAUUUAAUGUGUUAAAUGGGUAUGUGCACCGCGCACACUAUGAGGAAGACUGGGACUAAGUUAUAGGGCAGGUGUUUUGUAUACAAAUGUCUGGAAUAUCAAAUUCUGGGGUCUUGAUUGGAAAAAGUCUUCUCCAAAUGCCUGUGUGCCAAGGCUAAUGGAAAGGUUUGCAGUAACAACUAUCACCAUCAUCUUUUGUUAUUUCUGCGGCUGUACAGUUGUGAAAAAUGUAAUUGUUGAUGUUAUUGUGCAUUUUAUCAAUAACUGGUUUAUGAUCCUUCUUGUUGCUGUAUGUGAAUUUGAAAAUAAACACGAUCACACCACA